CACUCAGGAGUCUGGUGACCUCGGGGCCCUGGGUGGUGCGCCGACCUCGGUGUCUACUCUAGGUUCUGUUCCAGGUUCCAUCUUUCAGCUCGGUUACAGACUUGCAGUGCAGUUAUAUCAAUCCCAUCUCUCAGCUCCACCACAGACUGGCCGGAGGCGGCCACCUUCUCAAACGGAUCAAGAAAUAUCUACUUUGGCACACCCGUCUGCCGCAAAGGCAAGGAACGAUAGCUUCACGAAUCCUCCAUCUCGUGUUCCUGCAAGGAGGCGGCCUGACCCACACCUUGUGACUGAACUCUCGCCUUUUGAUAUUCGCUUGUCGAAAGCGGAUAUAAGCCAGCAUUCGCGUAGCUUUGACACUUAUUGGCCUCGCUCCACGAAACGGCCCACGAGGCGGCCGGCGCAUGUUCACACCAUGCCGGCUAUUCGGGCAAUUCCUUGUUGUUGGUGCUUUGAUGAGAUACUGAGGUAG